AUGGCUGUCGCAACACCCCUUGACCGCUUACCUGUCUGUGCUGAGGCGAAAGAUCCUCGGAUGUUAAAAGGGAUCGAAAAAUUAGAGCCUCUCAAUGGUGAUUUGAACAAUACAGCAGCAAUGCGCGUUGUUCUAAAGCCUCACCGAGACCCCCAUUUUGCACAUCGAUCACUUGCAAUCCCACCAUCCAAAGAUGACUCUCUGGUCCGCUCAAGGUAUCGACCAUUUCUUCUCCCGGACGAAAUCCAACGACAAGACUGGAUUAGUAGAUUGGAGCUGGCGACCGCAACUGAAUUAGCGCAUAACGAAAUGGAGUUGAGGGGAGAGAGGAUAAAGGUUUUGGUACUUUACGGGAGUCUCCGGCAGAGAUCUUACUCGAAAUUACUCGCGUUCGAGAUUUCGCGUAUCCUCUGGCGCCUCGGCUGCGACGUUCGGGUUUACGAUCCUCACGGUUUACCGGUUAAGGACGACCAGCAACAUAACCAUCCGAAAGUACAAGAGCUACGGGAAUUGAGUCGCUGGAGUGACGGGCACUUUUGGGUCUCGCCGGAACAACACGGCAAUUUAACAGCAGUUUUCAAGAACCAAAUCGACUGGAUCCCUUUGAGUACAGGAUCGGUGCGGCCGACACAAGGACGCACCCUAGGAUUAGCCAUGGUCUCUGGAGGUUCGCAGUCUUUCAAUACUAUCAAUAGCCUUCGUGUCCUAGGCAGGUGGAUGCGAAUGUUCACUAUUCCGAACCAGUCAUCCGUUCCCCAGGCGUACACUUUAUUUACCGAAGAUGGCGCUGCUGAGGGGGGUUCUAGGCUGAUGCCAGGGGGUAAUCGAGAUCGCGUUGUCGACUGUGCCGAAGAGUUUGUGAAAUAUACUAUUGUCAUGCGGCCGCACUUUGGCUUGUUUAGUGAUCGUUUCAGCGAACGAAAGCCUCUCGCAAAGGACUUAGAUUAA